GGAGAGUGUGGGGAAUGUUGCUGCUUCUUCGUCAUCCUCGGCAUCAACAUCGCCAGUAUCCUCCUCUGCAUCAGGAAGAUGUCCCGCUACCUCCGGAUCGCCCUUAUAUGGCUGUAUGUAGCCACUGCCGUCCUCACUGCCGGACUUCUCAUCAGUCUCAGAGUCUUCGGCACAAACAAGUUCCAGGCCGCGCCAACGGACAUGCGCAAAGUAGAGCACGGCGUCAACAACGCCUUCUGUCAGAGCCUCACUCUCAACUCCAGCGAUCCUUUUGAAGCCUACAGUUUUGAUGGAGAACCGGUGGUGGACCCCAACAAGUUCGAGAAGUUCAAUACAUCAUAUUCUAUGUUUUUAACAGGAGAUACAUACGAAUACUGGGGGUUCUAUUUCCUGAAAGGUUCUAAAGCCGUCGUGGUUUCAUCCGGGGAUGCUGAUAUAUCAGUAUUCAUCAUAAAAGGAAACUCCAAUCUUCAGGCGUGGAUAGACAGCAGAGGAGAAUGUAAUGGAUGCUAUCUCGUCUCUCACCCCACCUCGCCAGACUUCACCUAUACGUUGAACGUUUCACAAAGUGACGAUUACUACCUGUUGUAUUACUCCACCUCACGCUACUUCUUGCCCGUGAACAGCUAUGUGUACAUAAUCCGGACGCUAUAUGACGUCAGUUCCGUCACAUCCAACUGCUCCUAUCAUCCUAACGGCAAACCAUGUUCAUUUGACAUGUCACUUAACCCUCAAAUGAACGUGGUGUACCACAAUGGAGGCAAUGGCACGCAUGACAGCAUCGACAUGUGGGCUGUGUGCAAGAGUCGAGUGUGGAUGUACGUGAUAGUGUUCGCCUUCAUCCCCGCCCUGAUGGCGUCAGGCGUCACCAUCCUCUUGUGGAAGUACUGCAAGGACGAUAGGUCACAGGAGCUCCAGGCUUUGGUUUCUGAGGACAGCUUGCCCCACAACAAGUUUUAGCUGACCCCCGGAUAUACAUGGCACUGUUUUUCUAAUUUGAUACACCAUUCACUGGACGAUGGCUGGUUGGACUGGGCGUUAAUUUGGACUCCCAGUUUCCUUACCAUACAGCCAUAUGACGUCACUGGUUAACACAACAUGUCUGUCCCUAUGACUCAAAUGUUACUUGUUGCAUAGGCUUAGAUUGAUGUAUAAAGAACAAGCAAGUAAACUCACUGUUAGUGACCUCCCGUUUCUUUCAUAUUACUACUACAUAAAGUCUUGACAGAUUAACUGCAGUGAUAUGAACGAAUCGGUGGUCCUCAACUUCUCAACCGCCGAGUAGUGCCAACAAACACUGAUAACACCUUCGAAUAUGUCUAAAAUACAGUCACCGCCUCCGUGGUCUAGUGGUAGAGCGUCUGCCCGGAGAGCGGAAAGUACGAGGUUCGAACCCCUCCCGCGUCAUAUCAAAAGACCCUGUCUGGCGCUCGGCAUUA